CAGAUACAAUCAGGCGAUGAACCUCAGUUUGGCUGUAGACUCCAACAAUGUAACAACCACCGUCGGUAACAGCACUGAUUUCAUAAGCAACCUGAGCCACCCACUAGCCAGCAACCAUUGCCACCACCUGCCCGGCGGCCUCGGCUGGUCCAACUUCACGCAAACAUGCGCCGAGCACGCGCCCGGCCUGACCGAGGCAGCUCGAGUGCGUGCCUAUGUGCUCGCCGUGCUCGCCGUGCUCUCGGCAGCCGGCAACCUGCUCACCAUCGCCUCCAUCCGCGGCAGUCGCCUGGCGUCGCGGCGCCGGCGCAGGCGUCGAGCAUGGGUCGCCGUCUACACACUCAUCCUGCACCUUGCCGUCGCCGACCUGCUUGUCACGCUGUUCUGCAUCGCUGGCGAAGCGAUAUGGAGCUAUACUGUCGCUUGGGUCGCUGGUGACACGGCUUGUAAACUGUUCAAAUUCGCAGAGAUGUUCAGCCUGUACCUGUCAACGUUUAUCCUGGUGCUAAUAGGGCUGGACCGCUUCCUGGCAGUGCGCUAUCCUAUGAGAUCUCUGAGCACAGCUAAACGCUGUACGAAGCUGGUAGCCGGCGCUUGGCUUCUAAGCUUCAUACUCAGUUUACCUCAGUUGGUGAUCUUCAGGGUGAGCCGUGGACCAUUUGUGGAGGAGUUCUACCAAUGUGUGACCUAUGGUUUCUACACGGAACCAUGGCAAGAGCAACUGUACACCGGAUUCAGUUUCGUCUGCAUGUUCAUGCUGCCGCUUCUGAUCCUCGUCUCCACCUAUGUGUCAACAAUCAUUACGCUCUCUAAGUCUGAUAAAAUGGAGGUGACGGGUAAAUCGGACCCUACAAGACACAGACUGAUUCACAGGGCGAAAAUGAAGAGUUUUCGGAUCUCCGUGGUGAUUGUGACCACUUUCAUAGUCUGGUGGACGCCAUACUACAGUAUGAUGAUCAUUUUCGUGUUCCUCAAUCCUGAUAAACAUUUGAGCGAGGAACUACAGAAGGCCAUCUUCUUCUUUGGCAUGUCCAACAGCCUAGUCAAUCCCAUUAUUUAUGGCGCCUUUCACCUUUGGAGGCCGGGAAAGAAGAAGAAAAAAGGAAGCCAAAGGGAAGGCUCAUCAGUGAACACACGCAUGUCACUUCACCGCAACCACCGUCAAGAGGAGACCUCCCUGGUGUUGAUCGAAGCCGACCGUCCCUGUCCCGCGUCCCGCAGCGCACAGUUCACGUAGCAUCACACGCGUCGCAUGCGGCGCACCUCUCGCCACGUCACGUCACGCCACGUCACGCUGGUCACGUGACUUGGCCUCGAGAGCGCGCUGCAGCGUCGCCACGUCGUCGAGAAGCGUGUGCAGUUCGCGCCUCACGUCAUAGAACUGCGUCAAGUUGAUUGUCGUUUCACUGUGUAUUGAUAUUGAUAUCAAAUCGAUGAACAAGUAUUAGGUGGUACUCAAUUUUUAGCAAGUGUUUGCUUAGGAACUGAUUAACUCAUAGAAGCCUAUUAUACUUCUCAAACGAGUGAAAACGUUUGAUACAAGUAAUAGAACUGCAGCCUGUUAGUAUAAUAAUCGAUACCAACUCUAUGAACAAGUGGUAUUGUUCAACUUUUCAGUAUUACCUUCGACCUUCGACUUUAGACAGGAAUUACCCAAUUUUUAGCAAGUUUUCGCUGAGAAACUGAAUUACUUACAGUAGCCUACCGUACUUUCCCAAAAUGUGAAAAGGUUUUCAAAAGUGUUGUUACGGUACAAGUCAUAUAGAACUGCAACAAGUUGAUUGUCACUUGACAGUGUAUUAAUUGAUACAUUGAGAUCGACACUAAAUGACACAAGUGUUGUUAAAUUUAAAAAAAACGUUAACAAGUCGAUUGUCACUUGACAGUGUAUUAAUUGAUACAUUGAGAUCGACACUAAAUUCAAGUGUUGUUAAAUUAAAAAAAAACGUUAAAUUGUUUGUCAAGAACUGUUUCAUGACCAAUGUAUUGACCUCCAACCCCCCAGACCUCAGGUCAUACAAAAAUUCAGCAAGUUGUUUGUUCCUUAACAGUAUAUUGAAAUCGACUCAACAAGUGUUUGUCAUUUUUCGAGUGAGUGUUCUCUUGAUUGUCUAGAUUACUGAAUUAUUACUUAUUAAAUGACAUCUUCCAGGACUGAGAUUCUUAUAGAGUAUCGUGCAAACUGUUCCAAAACGAGAGAACGUUACGUUUGGGACAAGCCAUUAAAGAACUGGAAGUUCAUAAUCAGAUGGAAGAUAUUGCAAUUAUUCAAAUGCUAAUGAAUUAAUUAUCAUUAUUAAAUGAAAAUCCAGUAUUCAAUUUGGAUUUUCGUUUAAUAAUAAUAAUUAAGUUCAUAAUAUUACUUAAUUUGAACUUUGUUUUAAUAUCGACUCGAUUAACAAGUGCUUGAUUACUUUACAGCAAGUGUUCACUCUAUUUUCAAAAGUACACAUGUCACUAAUCGUAAUUUUACAAGUAGUGAUGUCGUGUUUUUGGAUGUCUAUUUAAUUGGCACUAUCACGAAAAGUACUUGAUCAUUCAAUAAUAACUGUUCUUCUACGAUUUACAAGAGUUCAAUCACUUUUCAUUAACCAGUUCACUAUAGAAGGUCAACAAGUAUCUGAAAAAAUUAUUGCCGACGAUAAUUUCUACAAAUGUGAAAAUUUUGUGACAGAGCUUACACAACUCGGCAACGUGAUAGUCACUUUGUAAGGCUUCUCGUAUUUCGAAAUAUCUACUCGAAUCAGUAACUUCUAUUACUUCUCAGCAACUAUUUGCAUCAUUGUCAAGUACACAAACACUACUUACAAAGUUCACUUUCUGAAAGCGUUUCGAUUAAAAGCUCAAUUAUUUAUAAUUGUUUAGAAACUUUUCAACAAGGGUUCGCUCAAUUGUCAAGAACAAGUAAGGAGACUUAGUUGGGACCGAAGUUUAAUCUGAAGCAAUAUAAGACUUUAGUAUACUCUUAUAGUUUUACUGUUCACAGAUACAGUACCUACUAUACAAACAUUCUGCAAGCAAGAGAAUUUUGAGACAAAAACCAAUUUUGAAAUUCAAUUUAUAUAGUACAAUAUUUCUAUAUAACUACUGCACGCAGAUGUAGCAAACAAUUCCCGAUGAGUUUAUAAGAUAUAAAUUUUUCACUAAGAUUUCACGGAGAACCUUUUUAAUUGACCUGAACCAAAAGCUGGACUUAAUAAAUUAUAUAUAUUAUGUUUCAUACUGAUUCAAGGACUGAAACUGAAUUUUAAUACGAAACAAAAAUGUGAUGAUUGAUUUGAGCAGUAUCCUAUACAAGUUUGUGAAGUAUGAUGACCUAUCAUGGACUUUGUAAUAUUCGAGAAACCUCAUUACUUUUGUGGGGCAAGUAUCAAGACAGAUACUGCAAUCUCAAUAAUGAUUGGAUUUGCUAAAGUUUCUGUCACUCAAGUGCUUAAAAUCUCAAUAUCAAACUUGAAGUGUGACGUUUUCAUCAACCAUAUCAGAGCUACUGUACUUAAUGGAAAAUCUGUUCAAUGAUUAUUUUGAAGCGGAUAUUUUUCUUCAAAUGAAACAAAAAAAAUAGCAUUAAAAAUCAUCUCAAACUGUUCUGAUUCAUGAAUUAGUAUCCAAUAUCUUUAAAUUGUGAGCGCUGGAGCAGGAUUUUAUCAACGAUAAACUUUACGUUAUGGUAACUAUAAGAAAUGAAUUUAUCUUAAAUGGAUAUGAAUAUCUCUUCAUCUUUUUAGAAUAAGGGUGAUCAUUCACAAUCAAACAGAUUAAAAUAAUAAAACAAGACUAGAAUAAUAUGACAUGACUAGAAGAAUAUUCAUUCCUACUGUCGAUUUGGAAACAUACUUUAUGAAACGUUACUAUUGUCAAAAAAAGUGUGUCAGAAAGCAUGAAAAAUUGAAAUAUUUAUAAAAAAAUUAAAAACAUGAGAUUUAACAAAGUUGUACGAAGAGAUUCAAAAAAUUCGAAUUAAUUCCAAUAAAAACUGGAUGAACUAAGAAAUUUGAUAAAAAAACAAUGUGGAUGAAUAGGUUAAUGAUAUCUACCACCUAUCAUGAUUAAAUUAAAGAAAUGGAAAAAAAUCUAUAAAAGAAUGAAAUUUCUGUAAUGAAAAUUUAUCACGGGUGACUUUUGAUAAACGAGUAUAUAGCAAACACUAGUUUCUAGGUGUUGAACGAGAAUAAGAAAAUAAUUCAAAGAAACUAACCAAAAGAUUAUAAAAGGUAAACGUAAAAGAUGUAAGAAUGUCAGUCUAGAGUUAACGAAAUUUAAAUAUUUUGAUUAAAAUCUUUCAAUUGCGAUGUUGAAAAAAAUCAGAACCGAUCUUUAAAAGUUCACAAUAAGUUGUGGAAUUAGGGUAGAUAGCAUCCUAGUUCUAGAGUUGAGAAUCGAAUGAUCAAUGAAACAAUCUUCUACACAUUUUUGAUAAAUAAUCACUAAUGAUCAAUGAUUUAGUAAAUGAUUAAUGAUUAUAGAGGUAGACUGCAAACGCACGUUUCCAUGAAUUUAUUUCAAAUCGAAAAGAUCUACAUACUCCAUCAUUCUUUGAUAAACAAAUUAGGACAUGAACAAUAUUUAGAACCCCUCCAGAUCUGUUUCAGAAUGCCAACAGUUUGUCGAUCAAGAUCUAUUAUUAAUGAUGAACAUUUUGUACUCGGAGCUACUGUCCUAUUAAUCUACACAUUCGGAACUCAGGUUUCUUUGUUGCCCCCUCCCCUUGAAUAAAUGGGAGCCCUUUCUUCAUCUUCCCCCAAAAAUGAUAGAACACCUCGACAUACCUCGAGGGGGUAUCUUAUCCUUACUCAUCAAAUGACAAGAGGUACUCCAGUACUCUAGCAUCUACAUAGAAAAGGGGCCUAUUAUGGUAGGCCUACUCCGCCCUCCCCCCACAAUAAAUGGGUAGCUUUUACCCCCCUAAUGAAUAAAUGGGGAGCCGCUAAACCCCCUCCACCCCUUUGUGAGUGAUAAUUACUCAAUUAUUCAUCGAAAUGGGCCGCUCGACUUCAUAAUCAUACCCUGAAUACUUAAUGUCGGUGGUCUUUCUUGCGGUUGAUUCUAACUGAAACUGGCGUUUGUUCAAUCUACUCUAAACUCGAGAAGCCUUUGUAUAUAAUACAGGUUCGUUCUUUACCUACGUAGGUGGAACAUACAUUAGCCCUACUUGAUUGUUGAUUGUUUUGUGGUAUUUUCUCAAGGUUUAAUGUCAGGUUCGAAUGCUAUUGCAGUCACCAAAGUAGAGAUAGAAAGAAACCCUCGAAGUUGAAGAAUGAAAGCUUUUCAAUUUUUGUGUCUGUAUUUGAUGUAUGUUCAAAAAUGAUCAAAGAUGAUAUCUUAAUGUUAUUCUCUUCUAGAAACACUUCCAUGAAAAAGAAAGAACAUGUAUUUUUCUGAAAACGUCAACACUUACGUCUGUUGAGUUUUGUUUUGGCUUUUCGCUGGUGGAGAAGGAGAUAGAAACAAUGUUUAAACAAAUUACUGAUUUGAACUUCAAUUCAUUCUCUAAACACGAGAAUAAUUUGCAAAAAUUGUUGUUUCAUGAGCUAUCAAAUCAAUAAGUAAUGGGUCAUUUUCCAUGAAAAAAAAAUUAAAAUUGAGUAACUACAGCCAAAGAUUUAAUAAGACAUCAAAGAAUAAUAUUAUGACUGAUUUGUGAAUUUACUGGAGAAGGAACUUGAUAAUGAUUAUCGUUGUUUCCCGAAAGACUGCAUUUCAUUAUUUUACAAUAAUAUUUUAAUGCAUGAAGGUUGUAUUUUGUACUUUGAAAAAACGAGUUCAGGAUAAGUGAGUUAUUAUAAUGAUAAUCAUUAAAAUCAUUAUCGAUUGGCCUGUUAUGAUACUGAGUUGCGAUACAAUCCAAUGUUACAAUGAUACAAUAAGUUCCGAUAAAUCCAGUUUAUUGUAAUAUUGGUCUACCAAAUAUAGGCCUACAACAAGUAACUAAAGAAGUAUUAAAAACAAAUCUAAACUGUUAUAAUACAGUGAAAUCUACAGUAUUAUCACAGUAAAAAGUUAUUAAAAUGAAUAAAAAUAGUUAUUAGCACUGAACUCGGGAAAAACUAAGAUAAGCUCUUUAUAAUGUAGGCCUACUAAACUCAUUCCAGCUUGCAUCUACCUAGAGUUUAGUUAGAAACAAUAAAUUUUAAGAUAUUUAGUUUUAAGAUACACUCUGGAAUGUUUAACGUUCAAAGCCUACUGUAAAUAUUAUAUAAUCUGAAUGUUAUUUGUCUAAAAUGUAUAUGUAAAUACUUUAUCUUCA